UUGGAAAUGAUUCUGUAACUGUUGUGAUGUUGGAUGAAGCAAAACAUUUUUAAUUGCAUUUAAACGGGGAUUGCCUCAAACAAAAGACAUGGACGCUAGUCUUAUAGACAAAUGGACACAACAAAACAACUUCGUAGUGAAAGAAUGGAAGCUGUCAGACAGACGAAUAGGCGGGAAUCAGCAGCAGGGCAUUAGAGAAAGGUGUCAUAUGGGGAGCCUCAAAUUACUCCAGAUGAUACAAGGUGUUCCAGCUAACAUAGAGCUGAUCCAACUUGAGUUGACUGUUGCCUACAACACUCUUGUGUUCUCUUUCAAUUUGUCCACGUUGAGUGCUGUGCAAGAGAAUCUCACCAAUACUCUUCUCAGAGCCCAUGAAGCUAUUGGCUGUCAGACAUCUACCAGGGACCCUGUCACGUUAUGGAAUAUCACAUUGAAAUCCUUCAGCAACACGGCUCACCUGUCCUGCCUUCACAACUUGUUGUGUGUGCAGUGGGCUCUGUUAUUGGCCUCCUGUCAAAUGAAGAGCAUUCACCAAAUGCUGAGGGAUGUCACUCAGGAAGAAGUUACAGUUCCAUCACAGGGCCUCCGUGCAGGAAUACAAAAGCUCAGGCUGUCAGACAAGGAGAACUCCAACCUUCUAGUUGCUAUAACAGCCAGAGAACUCAAAGACCUCCUGCAAAUCUGUACCAUCCUUGUUGAGGGUUUGGAAAGCAUGAAGCAAGAGAACUACUCUGCAGCUCUUGUGGCUUGCCUUGAAGCCGUGUCCUUGCCUGCCCCCAGGGCUCUCCUGGCCCAGGUCCAUACACUUACUGGAUUUGCCUUCGCCAAGCUGAACCAGCCUCAGAGCUCUCUACAGUCUUACAGAAAAGCUCUGGAGGUAGACUUUAGCUGCCAUAGUGCACUUUACCAGAGUGCACUGGUGUACAGGCAGUUAAAGAACACCCAGGCUGAAAUUGAGGCCCUGCGCUUGCUCCACUCGGCCCUGGUUCAGCAUGCAGAGCAACCGAUGGAUAGUACCGGGGUGAUGGUGAUCUCUCCAGAUGUGCUGCUUAGCAGCACAUGUAUGGAUUCUGUUCUGGCGGUGCCCGCUACUCAGCUGAUCUUGCACUGUCUGGCAUACACAUGUGCUCUGCAUGACAGAAUCUCAGAGGCGGUUGAACUUUAUCUGGAUCUGAUGUCAUCACUGCAAUCAGAUAUCACACAGCCUGCAAGACAUGAUGUGCUUACAGAAGGUGAUGCAUCCUUUCUGAGAGUCCCUGUUGUGUACCUUGAGGCUGCCUUUACCUUGCUGAGAGCCAAAAGGAUGUGGGAUGUCAUUACAGUCUGUGAGGAUGUCAUCACUAAGACCAUGAACCUGAUUCCGGAGAAAUUAGUAGUCGAUCUGUCAGAGGAGCAUUUGCUUUUCUCAAUGGAGGGCCACUCAAAAUCCAUGAAGCAUGAGAGACUAGAGAAUGUGCUAUGGGCUGCAGCUGCCCACUACCUUCAGGGCCUGGCCUACUGUAAGAUGAAAGACACCAAAGAAUCAGUGGCCAGUUUCACAAGGUCCCUGAACUUAAACUGGCUGGCCAAAGUGUCCCUUAAAAGUGCAGGGACAGUGGUUGGGAACCACAGAGACUAUGAAGUUGAGAUGAAGACUUUGCAGAGACUACGGGGCCUGGCUCUUGCCGGCAGAGGGAUCAGCUUUAUGGAGAGGGGUCAGUUAAAGGAAGCACUACGGGACCUGAAGCUUAGCCUACAGUCCAUAACAGAUUUACAGGUUAUAAAAUUGGGACUAGUGGAGGUGUACCGGAGGCUUGGGCGCCAGGAAGAAGCCAUAGCGUGUUGGAGAGAGUCACAAAUAUCAGCUGAGGCAUUUUCCUCUCGAAACCUGCCUCUUUAUCUUCAGACAUUCCCAGGUGUCAGUUUAUGUUUUGACAUCAGUGACCUGAAUAAGAUGAUGGAAGAUGCUUCUCACAGAAGAUUUUAAAAUAACAUGUUUUUUAUUAAAAAAAGUAUUUUGUCU